UCCCCAAUUCCAUCCCUCGGGACAGUGACCGGGACAGGGGGUCUCUGAUUCCAUCCCCUGGGACCCCCAGGACAGUGACUGGGACAGGGGGGCCCCAAUUCCAUCCCCAGGGACCCCCGGGACAGUGACUGGGACAAGGGGUCCCCAAUUCCAUCCCCUGGGGCAGUGACUGGGACAGGGGGGCCCCAAUUCCAUGUCCUGGGACCCCCUGGACAGUGACUGGGACAGGGGGUCCCUAAUUCCAUGUCCUGGGACCCCUGGGACAGUGACUGGGACAAGGGGGCCCCAAUUCCAUCCCCUGGGACAGUGACUGGGACAGGGGGGCCCCAAUUUAUCCCCUGGGACCCCCGGGACAGUGACUGGGACAGGGGGGCCCCAAUUUAUCCCCUGGGACCCCUGGGACAGUGACUGGGACAGGGGGGCCCCAAUUUAUCCCCUGGGACCCCUGGGGCCACUGGGACCCCCCAGAUCCCCGGGACAGCGACUGGGGGGAAUGGGGGGGUCUCUGAUUCCAUCCCCUGGGAUAGUAACUGGGACAGGGGGUCCCCAUUGUCACCCCUGACCCCCCCUGCAGGAUGGGGGUGGGGGUGGGAUUAUCCCAGUCGCUCCCAGUUUUCGGGCCCGAGGCUGGUCCCCGUAUCCCAGGGAUUGGGGUCCCCAUUUCCCAGGGAUUUUUCCGUGUCCCAGGGAUUGGGGGUCCCGGUGUCCCAGAGAUUGGGGUUCCCAGUGUCCCAGAGAUUGGGGUCCCUUGUAUCCCAGGGAUUGGGGGUCCCCUGGGAUGGCCUGGGGCUGGUCCCUGUAUCCCAGGGAUUUCCCCGUGUCCCAGGGAUUGGGGGUCCCGGUGUCCCAGAGAUUGGGGUUUCCUGUAUCCCAGGGAUUGGGGUUUCCUGUAUCCCAGGGAUUGGGGUUUCCUGUAUCCCAGGGAUUGGGGCCCGAUAUCCCAGGGAUUUCCCUUUGUCCCAGGAAUUGGGGGUCCUGGUGUCCUAGAGAUUGGGGUUCCCUGUGUCCCAGGGAUUGGGGUCCCGGUGUCCCAGGGAUUUGGGGUCCCCGUGUCCCAGGGAUUGGGGUCCCCAUAUCCCAGGGAUUUGGGGUCCCCGUGUCCCAGGGAUUGGGUGUCUUGGUAUUCCAGGGAUUGGGGGUCCUGUAUCCCAGGGACUGGGGGUCUCCAUGUCCCAGGGAUUGAGUGUCCUGGUAUCCCAGGGAUUGGGGGUCCCGGUGUCCCAGGGAUUGGGGGUCCCCCGGGAUGGUCUGGGGCUGGUCCCUAUCCCAGGGAUUGGGUGUCCUGGUAUCCCAGGAAUUGGAGUUCCCUGUAUCCCAAGGAUUGGGUGUCCUGGUAUCCCAGGGAUCAGGGUCCCAGUAUCCCAGGGAUUGGAGUUCCCUGUAUCCCAGGGAUUGGUUGUCCUGGUAUCCCAGAGAUUGGAGUUCCCGGUAUCCCAAGGAUUGGGUGUCCCGGUAUCCCAGGGAUUGGGUGUCCCGGUAUCCCAGGGAUUGGGUUCCCCCGGGAUGGGGCACAGCCGGUUUGUGCCCCCCCCACUGUACUCUCGGCACAAUAAAGGCCUUUGGGGCCGGGCGGCUCCUGAACUGGGAA